AUGGUGAAGAAGGCUCUCAACGGCGGGGUGUACCCAGCCCCGGCCGGAGAGAAGAAGCAGGUUGGUUUUGUGGGUCUGGACCCCUCGGCUCCAGAAUCGAGUCGGGACGGGGCGCUGCUCAUUGCGGCUACAGACAGCACCAAACGGACCAGUAUCCUCAGCAGACCACGGGCUAGCAUCUCCGGAGGAAGACCCCGACCAUCCAAAAAGAAUGCCAGCUAUCGCAAACUCCAGAAUUUCCUGUAUAACGCGCUGGAGAGACCGCGGGGCUGGGCGUUCAUCUACCACGCUUAUGUCUUCCUCCUGGUCUUCUCCUGUCUCAUCCUCUCUGUGUUCGCCACUAUCCGGGAGUUCAAAGACAAUUCAGAGAGUGCCUUGUACAUCCUGGAAAUCGUGACCAUCAUAGUGUUUGGGGUGGAAUACAUCGUCAGGAUAUGGGCCGCUGGCUGCUGCUGUCGCUACAGAGGAUGGAGGGGCAGGCUCAAAUUUGCCAGAAAGCCUUUUUGUGUCAUAGACAUCAUGGUACUGAUUGCUUCGGUGUCUGUGCUGGCCGCUGGCUCUCAGGGGAACGUCUUUGCCACCUCCGCCAUCAGGAGUUUGAGGUUCUUACAGAUCCUGCGUAUGCUGCGGAUGGACCGGAGAGGAGGCACCUGGAAACUGCUGGGCUCUGUGGUCUAUGCGCACAGUAAGGAGCUGAUCACCGCCUGGUACAUUGGCUUCCUCUGCCUCAUCCUGGCCUCAUUCUUGGUGUAUUCAGUGGAGAAGGAGUCUAACAAGGACUUUGAGACCUACGCUGAUGCUCUGUGGUGGGGAUUGAUCACUCUGACCACUAUCGGUUAUGGAGAUAAGGUUCCACAGACUUGGAAUGGCCGUAUGCUGGGAGCCGCAUUCAGUAUGAUCGGAGUGGCCUUUUUUGCUCUUCCUGCAGGCAUCUUGGGUUCAGGUUUUGCCCUGAAAGUGCAAGAGCAACACAGACAGAAGCAUUUUGAGAAGAGACGAAACCCCGCUGCCAGCCUUAUUCAGGGUGCUUGGAGGUUUUAUGCCACCAACCUUUCUCGCACGGAUCUGCUGUGCACGUGGGAUUUUUAUGAGCAGACUGUAGCCGUCCCCAUGUACAGGAUAAUCCCUCCUCUGAACCAGCUGGACCUGCUGCGCAAUCUGAAAGGCAAGACCUUCAGGAAGGAGGCUCCAACGGACACCUCUCCCAGCCGCAAGCCCAGCAUAAAGGACAAGGUGUUUCCCAGUCCGUCGAAAGCUCCUGUUGUAAAAGUGAAAGUGUCCUCCCCCGGGGCAGAAGAGGGCGCCGAAGCCAGUCCCAGUAAAGUCACCAAGAGCUGGAGCUUCACCGAGAAGAGCCGAGGAGCUAAAAGUGCGUUCAGAGUGAGGGGUACUUCACGGCAAAACUCUGAGGUGCUGGUUGAAAUGCAGGAUGAAGACUUUGGACUGAAGAGUUCACCAGCAAUUGAAGGUUUAAUAAAGGCCAGUCUCCCGGGAGAAGACUUUGGGGAUGAUAAGAGCUGCCACUGUGAGUUCCUCACUCAGGAAUUACCCCCCGGACUCAAGGUCACCAUACGAGCAAUCUGUGUUAUGAAGUUUCUAGUGUCCAAGCGAAGGUUCAAAGAGAGCCUGCGUCCAUAUGAUGUGAUGGAUGUGAUUGAGCAAUACUCCGCUGGGCACCUGGACAUGUUGUCCCGCAUCAAGAACCUGCAGUCCAGGAUAGAUAUGAUUGUGGGGCCCCCUCCCCCAUCAACACCUCGCCAUAAGAAGUCCACAGAAGGUCCUAGAGUUGACCAGAUUGUUGGUAAAGGGCCUAAGCCUGAAGCAGAUACCGCCGAGGACCAGAGCAUGAUGGGACGUCUGGUCAAAGUGGAAAAACAGGUUGUGUGCAUGGACCGGAAACUGGACUUUCUGGUGAAUGUGUACAUACAGCGGAUGGGCAUCCCACGCUCUGAGACUGAAGCCUUCUUCAACUCUAAGGAGUCGUACCCUGCUCCACCAUACCACAGUCCUGACCACACCAAGGAGGAAAAGGAGGACAAAGAGGACAUGGACAUGGAGAGCCAGGGCCAGGUGAAGGAGGAGAUGGAAUUAAAGACUUACUCUGCAAUGGAGGUCAUGUGCUCUGACUGCUCUCUGGAGAAGAAGGACCCUCUGCUGGGACGCCCUGUGUCCCGCUCGGUGGGCACCCCUUCAGUGUGCAGUCGUCCCUCCACCUCAUGGCAGCACCAGUUGCAACACCCCCUGAGCCAGCCGGCCUGGAACAGCAGUGUAGCCAACACGCCCUCCCCUGUGGCAGACCAGUCCCCUCCCCUGUUCCGCCUGCCCCCUCCCCCAGCCUCUGGACCAGGCAGCAGCCGGGACAGUGGCUCCCACAGCAGGAGGCGCCACAGGAGGCAGCAGUGCCAGCAGGAUCCCACUGCUGCAGAGAGUGACACGUCCCUAUCCAUCCCUUCUGUGGACCAUGAGGAACUGGAGCGCUCCUUCAGUGGCUUCAGCAUCUCCCAGGCCAAGGAGGACUUUUUUGGACCAUCAUUCUUCACGGGCUCUCUGGGCGCAGUGGGGCCAGAUGGCAUGCCCGGACACUCCCUGUGUGCCAGAGUAAGGCCCUUCAUCGCAGAGGGAGAGUCAGACACAGACUCUGACCUGUAUGCUCCCUCCCCAUUGUCCUUCACCGGGGAGGUGUCCUGUGGGGAGAGGGGGUGGCCCGGCCUGAAGUAGGUCCACUCUCAUAUGAGUGGACACGCUGUCUUCUGAUUGUCUCUUAACAUUCAUGAUAGAUUGGUCACACUUGUUGGUGCCAAAGGCCAGAGCAGUCAUAUAAGUCUUUUGAGGGUGCUCUCUGUCGUCUACAAAUAAGUUUGAUCUGGA